AGUGGUGGUAGUGAAGGUGUAGUAGUAGUAGUAGUAGUAGUAGUGGUGGUGGUGGUGGUGGUGGUGUUGAUACGGUGUUGAACUUGCACUAAUUUCACUUAAUUAUCUUUUUUUGUGAAGGUUUUGGUGUUGGUGGUGAUGAUAGUUGUGGUGGUGGUGGUCGCAUAGUCACUGUGGUGGUGGUGUGGUGAUGUCAUAGUGGUGGUGGUGGUUGUGUUGAGUGUUGAAAUCUUGAAGUUAUUGAGGCAAGGAGACAGUGGUGAUUGUGGCUAAGUGGUGGUGGUGGUGGUGGUGGUGGUGAUGUAGACGUGAGAGUUUGAUGUGUUGGAGUUGAUGCUAGUGGUAGUGAUGAUUGUGGUAGUGAAGUAGGCUAGGUGGUGAUAGUUGUGGUGAUUGUGGUGGUUCUUAGUGGUGUUGAUAAUGGUGGUGGUGAUGACGGUGGUGUAAAACAUUCAUAACAACAACUAGUGUAACCUUGUGUGUGUGUGUGUGUGUGUGUGUGUGUGUGUGUGUGUGUCCUCGUCACUCCACAACCUCCAGUACGUACACACAGACACUCGGUUCGUUCACGCACAUACACCCACCUCAUGUACACCAUUUCACGUACACGCACGUACACACUUAACCACUGUGACAUGUCUACUUCUGUGAGGCGACGCUGCAUUGGGUGCGGGGCUGACGCGGGUGGCAGGGCUGGUGGGGGGGUAGCGGCGCGGCAGGUUACCCCGCCGCUCCCCAUACGCCCACCGCCGCCACUCUUCCCGCUGCCGGCCCUGACGCGGGAGCCCGCCGCGGCGGACGGGCCCGUCAAGGAGGGCUGGGCCCGCCUCAGCUGGCUGGCGCCGCAGCCCCAGGACCAGCUUCAGGCCCAGCCCCUGCCCCAGCUGCAGCCCCUGCCUCAGGUACAGCCCCAGACCCAGCAGCCCCAGCUGUCCACGGAGCAGCAGCGGCUCCUGCACCGCUUGGCCGCCCAGACUCUCUCCCGGUCACAGCUGCAGCUGCUACACCUGCAGCUGCGACAGCCGCAGCCGUGCCCGCAGGAGCGGCGCCACAGACUCUGCCGCAGGUUCACCGUCGGCGCCGCCAAGGAGCCGAACCGCCACCACGACGGCCGGCAGCAGACGGCGGAAGCGGCGGCGGCGGCGGCGUCCGAGAGCCUCCUGGCGACGGGGGGCUCCAGCGGCAGCAGCAGCAGCCUCAACAGCCGCGCCAGUAGCAGCAGCGGCGGCGGCGGCGCCAUGAGCGGGCCGGGAGGCUCCGGGGCCGCGGCGCCCUACAACACCAUCCGGCGGGGCAUCAAGGCCACCACCUCCAAGAUCAUGGGCGCCACCUCCACCAUCAGGCGGCCCCACUCCUCGCCCUCAGCCUCGGCAGAGCGGCAGAGUGGGGUUGAGAAGAAUGACCCGCAGAGGUUCGUGGAGGGGCUCAGCUUCAAGGGCAAGCUGAUAGGGGUGCUGGAGGUGUCCGAGGCGAGGGGCGACAGGAUGUGUCAGGAGGCCCUCGCCGAGCUGAAGAUGGCCGUGCGGGCUGCCGGCGAACACAAGCAGAGGAUAAUCAUCAAUGUGGCCAUGGACGGGAUCAGGCUAAGGGACGAGAGAUCAAGCGACUGCCUCUACCACCACCCGGUCCACAAGAUCUCCUUCAUGGCCCAGGACAUGACGGACACGCGGGCAUUUGGCUACAUCUUUGGCUCCCCCGACGCCGGCCACAAGUUCUUCGGAAUCAAGAGCGAGAAGGCAGCCAGCCAGGUGGUGAUUGCCAUGCGUGAUCUGUUCCAGGUUGUCUAUGAGCUGAAGAAGAAAGAGAUCGAGAAGGCAAGGUCACAGCUGGAGGAGGGCAGAGAAAAGGGAGAGUUCAAGGAGUCUUCGCUGAGUGGCCUGUUCGGAACCAAUGGUGACAGUGGAAUAGUGAGUGCCAGUCUGACAAGUGGGGCCGGGGGGGCUAUUGCAGACUUACUAGACCUUCAAAGUGAACUGAGCUCCCUUCAGAAGGGGCUCUCAGAACUCAGCCAGCAGCGAGCUCAGCAGAACCAGAAGGAGAGCGAGAAGAGCGACCCAUUCGGCGACUCCUUCAAGCCUCUCUUCCCCCCUUCCGACACCACCAAGCCCCGCAUCACCGCCAGCACGGCCCCCACCCCCGCCCCGCUGGCCCCUCCCCCCAUCUCUGGCCGUACCCGACACGACUCCCACCACUCCCAGUCCUCGCAGCAGGCUGGGGCAACGGCAAGUGGUGGCGGUGACCAGAAAUCGUCGAGCCAAGAUUUCGCCAAGUUCCCCGUGACGUUCCCUGAUAGUACGUCCCCCCCACCCGCUCAAAGUGAAACCCCAAGGCCAUCGUCAGAGGCCGGGGACAACCAGGACCGAUACGCAGCCUUUAAGGAAUUCAGGACUGCCCCCGGUGGCUCGUUCAAUGAUGUGAGUGAUCCGAAUCUGUGUGAGGCGCAGGGGGGCGAUGGGAGUGGGGGUGAGGGCAGUGGUGGGGCCUCGAGCCUCCAGCAGUCGGAUGAGUUUGAUGCCCAGUGGUCCAAGGCGAGCUUCAGUGAGGACGGCGCCGCGUCAAGCAGGGAACCUCACUAUGAUGUGUUCACCGACCUCGAUCCACUCGGCACUGGGAAAAACCGCCCGUAUGUUGACAAGCGAGACUUUUUCAGUGAGAUGCGGAAACCCGUGAGACGAGUGCUGAGGGAGAUGGGCGAUGGGGAGGUGUCCAUCCCAUGCUCCCCCAAGACCCAGCCUGGCAUCAUCCCGCCUGAGGUCUCGGCGCUCGUGUCCUCCACCUCCCUGUACGCUACGACGCCACGUUCCAUCGACAUGAUCGCCGCCAAGCGCGUCUCCUCGGCCAACAUCACCCCCGUUCACAGCACCUCCAUCACCUCACACUCCUUCACCGAGUCCUUCAGCCCGCCAGACUCCUUUGGCCAGGAGGACUUCCACUUUCACCAUGGCUCAGAGAAGGAUUUCUACGAGGCAUCGCAGUUCCCUUCCUCAGGCUUUGCGGACUUCCCGGCCUUCCCCAGCGACUCCCCGAAGAGCCAACGGUCGGAGAUGUCUAGCAGCAUACCAGAUGAACCUCCUCCCCCCCUCCCCUGUGGCCCCCUCACUGUGGCUCUCCCCCCUGAGUCAUUCCGGGAUAGUCCACCUCCCUUCUCCCCUCCGCCAGUCCCUAGACCGACCAGCAGGCGAGCGUCAGGCCCAGGCUCACCCCAGCUGUCCCUAACACACCGCUCUCCCAUCACCCACAACCGCAGCAAACUGUUCCUGGCGGCCACCACUUCCCAGAGCCCCAAGACACUCCCCCGCAGCCACAAGUUCAAGAAGCAGGGCAGCUUUGAAAACGAGUGGGAGAUCGUGGACAUGGAACACCAGCGAGGGUACGCCAGCGGGGACCUCACGCCUCCGACCCCCCCGGAGGUACUGAGCGAGGGAGGGCUGAGUCCGAGGCCUAGACCACGCUCGCACCUCUCCAAACAGCUCAGUGCCAGCUCUGCCACGCUGUCCCUGAGGCCGCAGCAGAGAGGACGUCUCAGUGAGGUGGAGCAGUUUUCGUCCCCUGAGCUAGAGAGUCGACCCUUCCCAGUGGAUGAGCUUAGUCUGAGCUGUGAGGAGGCCCCUAAACCACCACCAAGGCCAGCCCACAUUGAGCCUCCGCCGCUGCCCCCAAAGAGACAGCCCACUCACGUCACCCUCAGGCCUCCGCCACGCCCACCACCAACAGCCGACGCGCACUACAACUACAUCAAUGAAUAUGACUCGUCCCCUGAGGAAGGCACCACGCCCCCCAUCCCCAUCCCCGCCAGGAAGCCUCGGUACUCCCACUCCUCCUCUCAGCCAGCCUUCAUCCCCAGCAGAAGCACCAAACCCACCCACCCUGAUAACUUCCAAUUCCCCAAACCCAGCGUGAGCCCCACCCACGAGGCCUCCGGAGCCGUGCCCAAGACUUCAAGGGAAUCGACCCCAAGCAAGUUGUCCACUCCAGGCAAGUCACCCAAGCUCAUCCAGAAGCCUCCGUCGGUUGACCUGGCAAACACGAGCCUUGACCAGUUGGCGGCGACUUUGGAUGUGCCGGUGGAGCAGUUGGCGAGGAUGACGGUGGUGGAGUUAGCCGCUUGUUUGGCCCAGCAGCAGCUUAGACAAGGAGACAAGGAGAGCAUGUCCUUUGACGAAGCCCAGACUCAGCCACAGACCCAAGUCCAUAAGCCGCCUGAGAAGCCCGCCAGGAGGUCUCGAGGGCCAAGCCGGGAGCAGAGCAAGGAGAGGUUUGCCUUCAGCGAGGACGAGAUGUUUGCGGAGUUUGACGCACAGUUCCCGAAGAGUCCCGUUGAGCCCCCAGAGUUCAGCACGGGCGGCCCGGUCACCCAUGCUGUUGGGGCCCCAGUCAGUGAAGAUCGCUAUGCCGUUUUCCGUGAGCUGACUGUCGUGACCAAACAGAAGUCAGUAUUUGAUGAAAACUUCCUCACGCCGCAGAAUUCCAUGGAGGAGGAAGUGUCUGAAGUCUCAUCUGGGACCUUCAAGGCGAAUUUCGAUAGCGACAUGCGACACGACUCCCUAGAACACAAGUCUUCCCUGAGUGACGAUGGUGAUGCCGUGGAGCUGGAGAAGGACAAGGACUGGCACCCCCCCAACCACGACCUGGAGUGCGUCACCGUCUUCAGGAGUCCGGAGAUCAGCGAGUAUGACAACUUUGAGCCGCCCUUCGACGCAAAGUUCGAUGACGACUUCUCCGCCGCCACCAUGAGUGAGAAGAGCCUUACCCCUGUUAACUCCCCCUCCCACCUGCAGCAGCCACACCCGAGACCCCACCUACACCACACUGAUGUCCAGAAGUCUCCGUUCACCGAUGACUUCAGUACGAUGGGUCACGCUGCCGGUACCUCCUCUCUCCAGUCAUCAGGGAGGAGGACGCGGCCGGAGUCGGAAACAUCCUUCGCAAGCUUUGAUGACAACUUUGUACCUUCAACCUCCGAGGCAGACAAGUUCUCCAGUUUCCAGGAGGUGACUAAUGAAGAGACCUCACUGGAUGGCUCCCUCAAGUCUCCCUUCACUGACCACUUUUCAGACCCCAAGAGGAUGGAACAGGCUGAUGACAAUGGCUUUGGUGCAGGCUUUGAUGACCCCUUCACCAGCGUCGAGCCCAAGCAGCGCAGCUCAUCCAGGGGCAGCACAGAGGCCCCAGCGAGGUUCCCUGUCGAGAGCUCCCUCCAGCCUCCCACCGACACCCUGGGAGGCAAAAGGAAGAGUCCAUUUGAUGAUGACUUCACAAACCGCGGCGACAGGUACGAGGUGCUCAAGGAGGUGGAGAGUGAGCGUGAGCCUUCGCUGGAGGGUGAGGUGAGUCGCCUAACCAAGCAAGGGGAUGCCAGGAGCUCUCCCUUUGAUGACUCCUGGCACGGGUCGCAGCGGAACACGCCAUACGAUGACCAGAAGUCCAUCGGGUCCUUGCACUCCAUCCACGAGGAACACAAGAACAUUCCACAUGAGUCUCCGUUCGAUGAUGACUUCAGUCAAGACUCCCGUAAGGCUUCCAUCGACCAUGGCAGGCUCUCACGGUCAGGUUCGGAGCACCGCAAGUCCCCAUUCGGCGACAACUUCACGCCACCAACAUCCGCCAGGCCACACAGGAGCCGAGGUCCCUCCCGGCUGAGCGUUGGAAGUGAAGGCAGCGACAUCAGGCACUCCCCUUUCGAGGACAACUUCAGUUCAAUCAUCGGGAGUGUGGCUGAGGAGGUGAACUUUGACAGUGCAUUCACGAGCUUCCCGACGGAGAGCGAGGAGAGUGACCCCUUCAGCGUGAGGCUCAGCCAGACACAGACGGAGGAGAAGGCCACGGAAGGCGAGCUCCAGUUUGCAGAUUUUGAGAACGCAUUCCAGAAGGCAGAGGCUGAAGCCAGUGUAGCAGCAGAACAACAGCAACAGGCACGGUCAAGUAGUGUAUCCCAGCACACUCCCGGAAGGUCCCCAGAACUAACCGAUGACCCAGCACUUGAAGACGUCUUUCCCGAUGACGAGCAGGAGUUCAAGAUCACCGCGCGCUUCACCGCCCCCGCCACCCUUCCCGCCCCCGCUGACAUGAAGAAGUCCAACUCAGUGAAUAUCUUCCGCCGUAACAGUGACCCCUUCGCCGACGACUUCUUUAGUGAUGAAAAAGAAGCUGAAGCUGCUGCUGCUGCUGCUGCUGCUGCUGCGGGGAAGGGAGGGGAAGGCGACCCUUUCUGGGAGGAACCGUUUGAUAAGUUCAGCUUCCCUAAGGACCAGUGAGGCAGAGGAGGAGGAGGAGGAGGCCUUUCGGAGCUGCUUCAGACAAACAUUUAGUGGAAGAGUGAAUGAUCUUUAUACUCCGAACAAAAAAAAACAAUCGGAACAAAA